CAUAGAAAUUCAGGGACUCUUAGUCUGUCUUACAUUGUCCUAGUUUUUGCAUGUUUUGGAAUGACUGAUAAGAACGGGUUUAAACCAUGGCAAGAUAACGAACUCGAAAGUCAAAAUGUGUUUAUGGAUAUAUAUUUCGUUACUCGCCGUGGGAUGUGUCAGUGGGGAAGAUGUUUGUACUGAAUCAUCGUACGGGAAAGAAUUUAUUUUCGGCUUUGCAGACAUACCUUAUUACGAUUACCAUGGUCACCGUUCCGACCCCGUUCUUACAAUAUUGGUUACUUCCAAAAGAUCAACAAGUUUCUACAUAAGUCUUCCUAGCACGAAUUCCGCGAGCAAAACCCCGACCCUGGUAAAGACAAGAUACUAUGCAUACAAUUACAAAGAGGUAACAUUUAACUCCUCCAUGAUAAAUCGGUUUGAAGACACCGGGUCCAGGAGUUUUAUAAAGAUAUCUUCAUCAGACGACAUCUCCGUACUGGCAAUGUACAAUGUAAAUUCGUAUGUGAUAACGAAUCCAAUUUUGCCCGUCAACUUCCUGUCUUCUGCUUACAUAGUACCUUCUUACAGCCCAAAUACGGUAACUCACAGCAAAACGCAGCUGCUCAUUGUUGCUCUCAAUGAUUCGACUAGUAUCACUUUGCAAAGUUAUCACGGUAUAUAUUUGACAAAAACGUUGAAACCUAAUGAGGUGUAUAUGUACCAGGACAAUCGUGAUCUAAGCGGUGUGUCUAUAAAUAGCAACCAUCCGAUUGCUGUAUUCUCAUCUAUUGUACCCGGCAGUAAAAGUUUUAGCUCACAUACUCGCUGGAACACCGCCUAUUUGUCUAUGCAAGUCCCUCCUAUUGGCAAAUAUGCUUUACACUUCAUCGUCCCGGCUUUACCAAAUGAGGUACAAUCGUAUAAAGUGCGUAUAUAUUCCCCAAGCAAUUUGGCAAAAGUUGAAAUUCACUCUACAUCCAGUAGUACGAAAAUCACGGAGGUUUAUGAAAGAAUAUACUACGAGUACAACACCAAAGGGUCAAGCACGCUGGAAAUUGUAUCGAACAUACCGAUUAUGGUGGUGCAGAUAGCUCUGAGUUCUACCGGAGAGGCGAUGUUUAUGGCGAACGUCCCUGCGACGUCACAAUUCCUCAGCAAUUACUGGACGUAUAUUAAACGGCCUUCCUACUCCAGUAUUCCUAGCAGCGAGUCGACAAAUACCUACAUUGUUACAAUUCGACAUGAGAAGGCAGCCGGUCUGUUGUUUGACAAUGAACCUGUUUUACACAACCCAGAGCUGGUUGCGCACAAAACACCUCUUGGUAACUACAGUAUUUUCACCAUACCAAUGACGUCACGUGACAUAGUAUCACACGCUGUAGACGAACCUUUUGGUCUUCUUGUUUAUGGCCGUUCCUUAACUACAGAUUCCGAAAGCUAUUCAUAUGGCCAUUACGCAGGAAUGGAAAUUAAAUCUGAUUGCACAACAACAGCUUCUCCGCCGAUAGUUGGUUAGACCGAUUAAAGAGACCGUUCCACAUAGCACCUUUGCCCUUUCAAACUGUUGCAUUAUAUUUCCAACUGAUCAAGAAUAAAUUACUGCAUCCCAUUA